AUGCGUAUCUCACACGACACGCUCUCGCCCGACCUCAUCCACCUCCUCUCCGCCUUCACGACGACCUUCGCCUCCACAGCCCACUCCUUCCUCAAACAAGAGUCGGUGCACGCCGAGCCCUUCAGCCGCGUGUGCGAGCUGCACACCACGCUGCUAUACCUCUCCGAGUCGCCGCACCCCACCGCCCUCCUGCAGCAGCUUGGCGGCCGAGACGGGGCCGACGGCGAUGGCAAUGGCGACGUGAAGCACGCGCAGGAGCUGCUGGGGUUCAUGCUGAACGCAGAGUUCAUGCUGUGGGAGCUGUACCGCGGGCAGGGGUGCAGCGUGUUGGAGAACCCGAGCUUGUUCCAUUGGGUCACGGUGGGGCGCGAGUGGGAGCGCAGGGAGCGCACCGCCGUGUGGGGCGUCAGGGAGAAGGUGCUGAAGAUUAGGGUGGCAUUUGUGAGGGGCAUUCUGUGUGAGGAGGGGCCGAAGUUGGCAGAGUUCACGCCCCAUGAUUGUGCGUCCCGUGGCAUCGACUUCCCAGUCGACCUCGCAGCAUUCAUGCCUGCGCUGCAUGCCCAGGGCAUCUAUGACGACUAUGAGGAGCCUGCGGCGGCGGCGGCAGAGCCACAGCCAGAGCCAGAGGAACCAGAGCCCUCGUAUAGCAGCCUGCUCGAGAACUCGACCGACGAGUCCGGGUAUUCGUCUGCGGCAUCGCCCCCAGCGACCCCCACACCGGCCGACCAGCUGACGGCGCUCCUCCUCAAGGCCACGACGGACCCGCUCCCCACACAGCUCACCCAGAAUCUGCUGACGCAUCUCUCGACUAACCGUAGCCUCCUCUCAGCCUACCCGCUUGACUUCCUCUCGGUGUCUACGCUCGCCGCAUACGUCUCCUGCAACCCCGUUCUGGCCCGCGGCAUCGUCGUGCUCCUGCUCGAGGCUACGUCGCUGGCGCGGCGUGCGGAGGUGCUAGGGACGCUUGCGGGGCUGCCGGUAGCACUCGGAAUGUUGGAUCUGGUGAACCGCGUGCUCAUGGAGGUUGGGCUUCUGGGCGCGCAGGAAAAGAGCCAUCUUCUGCAUGGAUACCUUAAUAAUGCCAUCCGUGCCGCGGAGGAGGAGAGCGGUGGGAAGAGGGUCCAGACGAGAACCGUGCAGCUGAUUGUGCUAUUUGUGACGGCGCUGAUUAGGGGCGAGGUUGUGGCGCCGGAGGAGGUGUUUUAUGAGGUGCAGGAGCUGGGCGUUAGGUUUGCGUGGGUGAGGGAGGCGAGGGAGUUGUGGAGAGGACUGUGUGCGGUGACGGAGGGCGAGGUUUAG